AGUGGAGCUCAGUCAGUAGACAGUCGAUCCGCCUGGUCAGCUGGUUUCAACCAUUCGCGCAUUAUAGAUCUUCCUGAUGGUAAAUCCACUGCGACAGACCAGGUAGCUUUCGGUGCCAAUUUUCUUCGAAUCACUUCCGUCAUAUCGGCCAAAGAUCGGACUUUGAGUAUCGGCGGCCCGCGCGCCGCAUGUGCGCGAGUGUGCAGCGUCUCCACCGGAAACACCAACGACACGGUGCGAGAGACCAGAUCAUCUACAGAAGAAGAAGAAACAGCAUCGGCGAAGGAAGAAGAGGGUAGCGACUCAGGAAGGAGAUUGCGCGCGCGCAGUCAGACGGGAAAUGACCAUAUCGUACGCGAGCGAAGUGCCGAACGGCUCCAGCUUUGGCUGCUUCUGGAGGAUUCUAAUCAAAUGGCGUGGCUCCGUUUACAAGUUAAUCUGGCGAGAACUACUGGCGUACCUGUUCUUCUACUACCUCAUCAAUUUUACAUAUCGAUAUGUGCUCAAUGAUCACCAACGGCUAAUUUUUGAAAAAAUUCGCUACUACUUCGGCAACUCCAGUGAAUCUAUACCCAUGUCAUUCGUCCUGGGAUUCUACGUAAGCCUUGUUGUCAAAAGGUGGUGGGAACAGUACAAGCUUUUACCCUGGCCGGAUAAUCUGGCCCUCUUCAUCAGCGCCGCCAUUCCUGGAAAUGAUGAACGGGGGCGGUUGAUGAGACGCAACAUUGUGAGGUAUGCCGUACUCGCGUACGUCAUUACACUGCAAAGGAUUUCGCUCCGUGUUAAGAGGCGUUUUCCGACUCUUCAACAUAUGGUGGAUGUAGGUCUGAUGAUGGAAUCGGAGAAGAAAAUUUUCGAGAUGAUGAACAAAAAGGCAGCCAUGUCUAAAUAUUGGAUGCCAUUGGUCUGGGCGACGAAUAUCAUCAAUAGGGCAAGGAAAGAGGCCUUGAUCACUAGCGAUCAAGUAGUGCAAACUCUCCUCGUCGAGCUCAGCGACAUCCGGAAAAGGCUUGGCGCAUUAAUUGGUUACGAUACUGUUUGUGUUCCUCUAGUCUACACUCAGGUGGUAACAUUAUCGCUGUACGCCUACUUUUUUUCGGCCUUACUUGGCAGACAAUUCGUCGAACAUUCAAAUGGUACCGGAAAAUAUGAGGAGCCGGAUAUGUAUUUUCCGUUUUUCACAACGCUACAGUUUUGUUUUUACAUCGGAUGGCUGAAAGUCGCAGAGGUGCUGAUUAAUCCUUUCGGUGAAGAUGACGAUGACAUCGAGCUAAACUGGUUGAUAGAUAGACAUAUCAAGGCAGGUUACAUGAUCGUUGAUGAGAUGCACGAGGAACAUCCAGAACUUUUGAAAGAUCAAUACUGGGACGAAGUUGUGCCCAAGGACUUGCCAUAUACAGUUGCUAGUGAGCAAUAUCGAAAAGAAGAACCAAAAGGUUCUGCGGAGCAUUACAAAGUGAAAGAUAGCGAUGCUCUUUAUGCAAACGUUAUGCUGGGAACACAGAUUCACAGUCACGGUCAGCAUCGCAAAACUCAUCAGGAUGAUAUGUAUGCCGAUUAUGAGAGUGUGGACACUCCGUUAGUGGAACGGAAGAAGAAUGGCUGGUUCCAGCGCCAAAUCACCCGAGUAGGUUCGGUACGCAGUUCCUCGACUACGUAUAGCAGCGGUGGUGGUUUCUUCUCACGAAACCGUCAUAAUAGCGUAUAUAGUAGUCCUGAGACCGGCGGUCUUCCGCAAACAAACAAUCCCAAUCUUAAAAUGUCUCUUUAUGAUCGUCUCGUUGGGCGUAAAAGUGUCCGUAGCCAACGUAUGGGUCGUCAAGGCACUAUGACGAAGCUGAACUCGGUGCCGGUAUCAUUGAAGAACAGGCCGCGCAUACCGACUCCGGAUGUGACGAAGGAGGUGAUCGACCGUGAACAGAGGCUGGCUCUAUCCGCUACCAAUGCGGCGAACAUCGGCGCAGGUGUGGUGGGCGUGAUACCAGCGAACGGUCACUAUCCAACUGAUUUGUCGGUGGUGGUGUUGUCACCGAUACAGGAAACUGAAAGUACACCCGCUUCAGGGAAAUCCGGCGCGGCAGCCUUGGCACAGGCUGUGCUCUCGCCGACGUUGACCAGCGCCGGUCUAAUGACACCGGUGACCCUGACACCGGUCACUAUGGGUCAUCUGACGCAACUGGGUCUGAUGACGACGGCGACCACGACGACGCCACACGCCAACAAUCAGGGCCACAGCGUCCAGGCGACGUUGACAGAAGUUACGAGCAGCGAAGAGGAAGGUAGCGGAAGCGGUAGUAGCAGAAGUGGAAGUAUCACCGGGCAGGAGGAUCGCUCAACUCCGUUGAUAGACAACAACAACAGUCCGAUGGGUAGCAAUGGCAGCUCGCCUAUUUUUGAUGGCUACAAUGAUCGCUCGCCGAUCCUGAUGAGACCCGAAAAACUGGGUUACGUAGUUACCGCCGCGGUGCCUGGAAUUCAAGCCAGUAACGCAGCGGCAAUAGACGCGCGGGGUAGACGAUCGGCUUCAUUGCCUGGUCCGCCAGUACCACCGGUGCAGUCAGGUCAGAACGACAGGAGCAUGUCAUUGCCGCAAUCUCCAGGACUGCAACCGAGAGAAAUUCGUAUGGCUUCUGUGUCAAGCAGGCAGGACGGUCUUAUUAUAGACAGGCUGUCUUCUGUAUCCAAUCAAGGCAUUCGACCGAGGACCAGUAGCUUCACUCAAGAUCCUUCCAGAUCUAAUCAGAGAAUUCAGGAUACGUCGAGGAAGAUUAGUAGUGUUUCGUGCACAAACGCGUCGCUUACGAGCGGCUUGCUCCUCGACUCGUCCACAAAUGUACCCGCCACGACGACUGUUACUGGCAGCAAGAGAGGUGAAGUCUAUGUUUGAUGAAGGAAAUUGGCAACAUGGAUUUUAUUUAUUCAGUUAAUUAAACAAUAGUCCUGUUGACAUUUCCUCAGAUUAAUCUUCGUUUCUAAUUGUGAUGUCUUGUAUAUGCAUUGCAUAAGACAAAUCCAUUCAUUGCUUGAUUAUCUAAAUUAUUUAUUGGCGAAAUU